AUGGAGAGCAGUAAUAAGCUCAGAAUACUGUCAAUUGGGAGUAAUUCCAUUUCUGCAUUUCUAGCAUGGCGGCUACAAGCAUCCGGCGCAGCAGACGUGACGCUCGUCUGGCGAAGCCAUUUCGACUCUGUCAAUCAAUUCGGCGUCGGCUUCAAAUCCGACCUCUACACCUCUGAGCGAUUUCGCCCAUUCCGCGUAGUGAGGACAGUGGAAGAAGCAUCCGACACAGCUGGCUACGACUACGUCUUUGUCUGUGUCAAGGCGCUCCCUGACGUUUACGAUCUCGCACAAGUCAUCACUUCCGUCAUUACACCAGCCCAUACCUGCAUCGUCCUCAACACGACGACUUGCUUAGGUGUCGAAGCCAGUAUUCAGAGCACCUUCCCACGCAACCUCGUCAUUUCUCUAUGCAGUGCAGUGGAACUCAUCCAAACGGGACCUGCUGAUUUUGAGCAUGUUGGAUCCCGCACCAUACGGAUUGGCGCCGUCAAGAGUAACCCUAAUUUACCACAGGAAGCGCAGCAAGACAUGACGGAAUCGCUGACAUUGACACUGGAAGCUGGUGCCGUGGAUUGCAUCAUGACGGGUGCUAUUGAAAAGCAUCAAUGGGAGAGGUUGAUUGGUGCAAUGGCAUUUCAUCCAGUCAGUGUUAUUCUGCAGGAACCAAGUCAUGAAGUCCUCAUGGAGAAUACACAAGUGGCACUUCUCAUUGAAGAUGUCCUCGAUGAAUGUCUCCAGGUUGCGGAAAAGCGACGCUGCAACUUCGCCUUUGACUUCAAGCAGCAAGUCAUCAAAUCACUCACACAAACAAAAGAGCCCAAAUCCACCAUGUACCAGGAUUUUCUUGCUCGACGACCGCUUGAAAUUGAAGUCUUGCUCGCGACACCCAUUCGCAUGGCCAAAGAAGCAAAUGUCCCUACCCCUAAACUCGAAUCCAUCUAUGCCCUACUCAGCAUGGUGAAUAAGGUCAAUCAGAGCAAGGUCAAUGUUGCGCCAGCCGGUAAUGGAUCUCCUGCGCAUGCACUCGUACCACAACACACAGGACAAAGCAUGAUGGGUCAACAACGCAUGAUGUAUCGACAACCUGGACCUCCUGACGCUGCUAUGGUUCGACAAUACGGACCACCUCCCACAGGCAUGAAUGGCUAUCGCAAUGGACCACAACCCAUGCGUCGUCCGUCUCAACAAGGUCCACCACCAACGCAACAACCUCGCAUGGCACGACAAGAAUCAAUAGAAGAUUUCGGUGAAUUCGCGAGUGUGGCCAUGUAUAGCGAUAUGCCUGAUCCAGCAGAAUCUGGGUAUGACGCAUAUGGUGUGCCUCUGCCACCGCAACAGCAAUCACGACGUGCCAUGACUGGGCAACCAGCUCGACCAGCCAGUAAUGGUACCUUUACGCAAAUGGGUAAGAAAAUGGGCAAGAUGCGAUUAUCGAGAGGUCAGCGUCAAGAUUAUAUGGAAGACGAAGAUGAUGAUGAUGACGAUUUCGCACCACAGGGACAUGCAAAACAACGUCCAGCCAUCCAUGCUGAUCAAGUGGAUAUGCUGGCCAUGACGCGACGACCUGGGAAUAAUCGUUCGUCCAGUGCCACGUAUCGUGAUGAUGGCUAUGGUGUGCCUGCUGCGCGACCUAAAAUGAAUAAGACACGGUCAACGAUGUCACCGGGUAUGGCAGAUAUCCCCAACGCGCGUGAUGUCUUGACAAGCUCAGCGUUGUUCGGCAUGGGUGAUAAUCGGUAUGGCAUUGUUGAUUCUCAAUCGUUGGUGAAACAAGGACGUACCAUGUCUAUGCAGAGCUCCAGUCAACGACUCAACAGUUUGGGAAGUAGCAGCAUGUAUGCUGGUGGCGGUGGUGGCAAUCAUCACUACCCAAGACCACAAGGACCACCCAACUCCAUGAUGAAUGGUAGGAAUGGCUACCCACAGCAAAAUGGUAAUGGACGAGGCUACAAUGCACCACAAAAUCUACGAGGUGGUCCACAACCGCAACAGGCGUAUCCACAACCACGCGGCCAACAAUACGGAUACCCCGCCAAGGGCAGUGACCCGAACCUCCCAGCGAGUGUGAAUCCAGCCAUGCGAUCUGUGACGGGUAGCGCAAGUGCUAGUUUUGGCAGUGCAGGUGAGAAUGCAUCAGGCAGUCACUCGUCAUCGAGUAGCCUUGAUCGGCCUGCAAAUGGCAAUCACCCACAGCAUGGGCAUCAGCUCGUCAGAUGA